UCUCCUCCCUCCGUGAGACGUUUCAGUUCAUCAUCCCGGUUUUACGGAGGCGGAGACCGGAUUGGUAAAUCCAGUCUGCAUGCCUGAGAAGUGACCGGAUUUCCAGAGGCACAGGGAGACUGCGGGCUCUUAUUUUAGUCACUGAGGUGGGGAUGCUGGGAGUGCUCUGCAAAUCAGGGUGCCACUUUUGGGGCCAUAACACAGCAUUAACCAACGUUGGGGUCCCCGGCUUUCAGACCGCUGGGUCUGGGCAGGGUCUAAGCAGAGCGCCUGGGUCUACCAAAGAUUUCCAAGGGGCUUUUCUUGGGGGGGUGGGCGGUGCUGCUGGGGCUGGUGGCCACGAUUUGGGUGCUGGGGAUCUGACAGAGCUCCUUGCAGGCUGGGGAACUGAGGGGUCCCUGCACUUAGGAUAGCACUGAGCGGCACAGCGGGGCCCUGCAAACCUCCCCGCUCCUGUGCAGACCGAGGCCGUGCCCAGUCCACAGCUCUGCGGGUUUGGGAAGCAGCAGGAGUGAAAAAAUUAGCACGGUUCAUGCCAAGGCCUGGCGGAGGCAGCUAAUGAGGGUGCCCUGAAGGGUGACGGGAUGCCACCGUGCUGCGUGGGGACCCGUGCCCCGUGCUGAGUCGCCACGUGGCGGACGACGCCCCGAGGGACGCGGGGAGGUGACCGCUCCCCGGCCCGGCUCUGGAUGAAGGCUGAGGAUGUGCUAUGGAGCCGGGAUUCAACUGCUCCGACCUCUGCGAUGGCAACCCCGGUUUCGGCAGCCAGGAGCAGCAGCAGAGGACGCUGCGGGAGCUCUGCACCAUCACAGUCGUACGUACGGAGACGUCUUCUGACCGCAGCGGGAAGAGCUCCCCAUCUUUCUCUGCUGCUCUCCUGGGCGUCGUGUGGACGUUCCUGACCGGAGGAGUCCUGCUAGCCCUCUUCUUUCUGGUCUUCACGAUUCGCUUCAGGAAAAACAGGAUCGUGAAGAUGUCCAGCCCCAAUCUGAACGUUGUGACCCUGCUGGGCAGUGGCUUGACUUACACUAGUGCUUACCUCUUUGGGAUUCAGGAGCAGAGCCUGCCGUCCAGACACUCAGUGGAAACGCUUAUCCAGGUGCGGCUCUGCCUGCUGUGUGUGGGGACCUCCCUGGUGCUGGGCCCUGUCCUGGGGAAGAGCUGGAGGCUCUACAAGGUGUUCACCCAGCGGGUGCCGGACAAGCGGGUGAUUAUCAAAGACCUCCAGUUGCUGGUGAUGGUGGCAGUGUUGGUGUUGGCAGACGCUGUAUUGCUCUUGACGUGGGUCUUCUCUGAUCCGGUCCAGUGUUUCCGAAGCCUCAGCGUCUCAGUGCGGGCGACAGAGAAAGGCAUGACCUGUUCAGUGAGCCGGAUGCAGUCCUGUGCAUCUCUUUAUUCCGAUCUUUGGCUCGUUCUCAUUUUAGGGUUUAAGAGCGUCCUGCUGCUCUACGGGACGUACCUGGCCGGCCUGACCGACAACGUCAGCUCCCCGCCGGUCAACCAGUCCCUGACGCUCGUCGUGGGGGUCAACCUCAUUUUCCUGGUGGCUGGUGCCGUCUUCUUAGUUCACCGUUUCUUCCGCACUUGGCACAACUUGCUGUUUGGUUUCACCUCCGGGGGCAUCUUUGUGUGUACGACUACAAUCAACUGCUUCAUCUUCGUCCCGCAGCUCAGGCAGUGGAAGGCCUUUGAAGAAGAAAGCCAAACCCUGAGCCACAUGGCAAAAUAUUUCACCAGCCCGAGCAGGAGCUGCCACUCGGUGUACAGCGAGGAGCAGCUCUACCAGCUGAUAGGGGAGAAAAACUCCAUGAAGCGGCUGCUGACAGAGAAAAACGCCGUGAUCGAGAGCCUGCAGGAGCAAGUGAACAAUGCCAAGGAGAAGCUGAUGAGGCUGAUGUCUGUGGAGGGCGGCUGCGACCCCGCGGUGCUGGCUCCCUGCACCCGGAGCACAGGGUGGCACGGUGAGCGGCGUGGCUGCGCUGCGGCCGGUGGGGAUGUGCCUGGGGACUGCUGCCCCCUGGAUCCAGAGCAGGACGGGCAGCAGCCUCCUCAGUUGCUGCAUGCAUCACCACACAGUCUGGUGCCUUUUAGUGGUGAUGCUCAGGAUCUCUGGAGAUGUGUGAGCCAUGAGCACGUGCUGCCAGAGGAGCCUGAUUGCUCUCCGGUGCUGCUUUUUGAUGUGGGGGACAGCCCUGAAUGCAGCCCAAAAGAUGCCCAGGAACAUGGGAUGCUUGCAGGGAAGGGGCAUCCUCUGGAACCUGGCCAGGACGUCUCAGCUACUGCAUCCAGAGAGCAUCCCCCCAAGGUCAGCUACGUAAGCAGCGAGAAGCUGCAGGAAAUCUUGCAAGAUCUGAGCCUGGACGGCAGGACCUGCAGCCCGGCCUUCCCCGCACGUGGGGCGGGGAUGUGGGGGGUGCAGGAGGGGUACCCAGCCACCCGCAAUCCCCUCAGCCCCUACCUGACGAGGCGGCGGCGGCAUGUCCCGCUGCCCCCUGCCUCUGCCGGCUUCCCCACAUCCCCGUCCCCUCGCCCCCGGUGUGCAGCCAGCUCAGUGGUCAGCAGGCUGGGCACACGGGGCCGUGGGGAGCCAGCACGCCUCGCCAUGGGGAGGGAAGGCGAGGGAGCUGACAGAGGGCUCCAUUACCCAGCACCAUCCUCUCUAUCCAUCCCCACCGAGGGAUGGCCGGAGCCCCAGGGCUGGGAGGCGAGUGGCACGGGCCCAGAAAUUCACCACGAUGCUUCCCCGUGGGACUGGCGGCAGCGGGGUGCCCCGGGGAUGCCAGCUCGUCCCGCCCUGCACUCGCUGUACCAUUACCCGGACUCGGACUACAGCAGCAGCUCCGAGGAGAUGUUUCCCUGCUGCCACCGGCCCUGCUGCCAGGCCUGCCUGCACAGCCCCCGCGGCUCCCUGGGCGGCAGCAGCAGCAGCAGCACGGACACGGACACGGACACAGGGCCCGGUGGGGCUGCAGGAUGCUGGCUGGAGCCCCAGGGCAGGGCUCAGCCUGUUGUGAACUUCAAAGAAGAUCUGAAACCCACGUUUGUGUGACCGCGAGCACCCCCGUCCCAAAGGCGAGUGCCCCCUUCCUCCCAAAGCACGCUCUGUGAAAGAAAACACAGUGAUGCAAAAUAAAUGCAUCCCUCUGGGGUGGAGACAGCAGGAGCACUUGCAGCUGUGGCAAAGUCACGGCCUCACAGCUGAGGGCACGAUGGAGACUCUGGUGAGGCUUGGUAGUGUCUGAGCAUGAGCGUGGAGUCCAAAGGUGACAUCUUUGGAGGUGGCCUUGCGUUUUGUGCAGCCCAGUUGCACAGUUGUAGGUUAGACUCAGGUUGGCGCUGAAGGAAAGGACAAGCAAGCAAUCUUAAAGAGGAUCUGAAAAGGUUUCUCUCUCUCUCUCUCUCUUUUUUUUUUUC